UGGUAUUGGCGUUGAGACUGCUCGUGUUCUUGCUAUGCGUGGUGUUCAUGUAAUAAUGGGAGUCAGAAAUUUGGUUACUGCAAAAGAUGUUAAAGAAGGAAUGCUUAAAGAGAUUCCUACUGCUAAACUUGAUUACAUGGAAUUAGACCUUAGUUCAAUGGCAUCUGUUAGAAAGUUUGCAUCAAACUUCAUUUCAUCUGCUCUUCCAUUGAACAUUCUUAUAAACAAUGCAGGAAUAUAUGGAACCCCUUUCACGCUGUCUGAGGACAAUAUUGAACUGCAAUUUGCUACUAAUCAUAUAGGCCAUUUUCUUUUAACAAAUCUGUUGUUAGAUACUAUGAAGAAAACAACACAUGAAAGUAUGCGAGAAGGAAGAAUUAUUAAUGUCACCUCCUGUGCUUAUCGAUUAUCCUAUCGUGGAGGAAUCCGUUUCGAUAAAAUUAAUGAUGAAUCAAGUUAUAGCAAGUUUUGUGCAUAUGCUCAGUCAAAGCUUGCUAACAUUUUACAUGCCAAUGAACUUGCAAGACGUCUUAAGGAAGAUGGAGUAGAUAUUACUGCUAAUUCUGUUCAUCCAGGAGCCAUUAUCACCAAUAUUCAUCGUUACUACUUCCACUCUGGACUUGCAGCUGUACUUAAGAAGUUGAUAGGUUUUGCAUUUAAAAAUGUCGAACGGGGAGCAUCAACAACAUGUUAUGUAGCAUUGCACCCUGAAGUUAGGGGAAUUAGUGGAGAGUAUUUUGCAGAUAAUAAAAUGGCGAAAGUAGGUUCAAAAGGAAGGGAUAUUGAGUUGGCUAAGAAACUCUGGAAUUUUAGCCUGAAUUUAAUCAACUGA